AUGGUCUUUUACCUCUUCUACCUCUUCUACCUCUUUUACCUCUUCUACCUCUUCUACCUCUUCUACCUCUUCUACCUCUUCUACCUCUUUUACCUCUUCUACCUCUUCUACCUCUUCUACCUCUUCUACCUCUUCUACCUCUUCUACCUCUUCUACCUCUUCUACCUCUUCUACCUCUUCUACCUCUUUUACCUCCUUUACCUCCUUUCCACUAAACAAGUUGCCUACCAAAACUCUCUGAUCAGCGGACUGACAUUUUCCAAAAACGACGCCUUGCUUGCCUCGGCAUCUGGGAAUCGCAUGUCCCUCUGGAAACUGAUUGAGGAGCCAGCACAGAAUGUAAACAACGAGGUAGUGGAUGGCGCGGUAAACACACAAAGGAAAGCAACCCGAAUCCCCCCUAAGUUUGGGAAAAAAGAAUUUUUUUUUCUACCAAAGCAUCUGGGAUUGGCUUUUCAAGUGGCCUUUUCGCCUAACUCUAAAUACAUUGCUACCAUAGCCGGCGAUGUCAUCUACAUAUGGGACUUACGAUCCCGUAGAAAACCAAGCAUUCUCGUCGGGCAUGAGUCCGGUGUCAACGCCAUCGCUUUCUCUCCCGACGGUUCUUGCCUAGCAUCUGCGUCCAGACAUGGAACGGUCAGGAUUUGGGAAGGCCCUUGGGACGAUGAGCAUAAGCAAGCUCAAUUGAUAUUACGCGGACACUCCUCCGAAGGUUACAAUCUAUCGUUUUCCCCCAUUGAAGUUCGAGAAAUACGUUACGGCCAGUUCGUGGCAUCGGGGUGCGAUGAUAGAAUGGUGCGCGUGUGGGACAUGCAGCGUCUGGUCGACGAGCACAAAAAUGAAGAGAGCCACGAUGGCAUUGACUAUAACUAUACGCAUAAGCUUCAUAGUAGCUAUGCCAAUAAAGUCACUUCAAUUGUAUUUUCCAAGGAUGGGAGAUACAUCGCGGCUGGUGGCGGCGAUGGUAGGGUUCUGUUCUGGGACCUUGUAGGAACCGGGAAGUGCCGCCACCCAGCCAAUGAAGGUCCUCAUGCAAAGCAAGCUGGACAGCGAGAUACUCUCAUUGAUAUUCAAAUCCGAUGCAAGCAGCCUUAUUGCUUGCUCUUCCGACCAAAUCUGGAUCUGGGAUACCGCGACAGGCCAGCACGCUACAGCAAAGUGCAGCGUUCCACUCCACACUUUGCAGCUCAAUCAUGCAUAUCCUGA